AUUUAGGCUCGUGUGUUUCCUCCCUUUGCAGGUGCUUGUGAGCCGACAGGACGCGGGGCUAAGUGUCAUCGGAUGUGUGUUUCCUGUGUGUUGUGUAGGCUUGAUUUGGGAUUAUUGUGAAGUUAUCCGGAGAUAUAUCUGAGGCCUUCAAAGAGGAAAAUAUAUAUAUGUUUUAAGGAAGCAAACUUGCCGAGAAUAUGAUAAUUGUGUUUUGGGGGAGAUUUUAUUUGCAUUGAAUGGGAGUAGUCUAUGAUUUCUUUCUGUCAGUGUUUUAAGACCCGAUAUCUGAAGUACAUGGUCGAAGUACCCCGGGAUGAACCCUGAUGAUGUAGAUUUCUGUUUACAAUGUUUGUUAGUGUUUGUGUACAGAGAGACUGUCACUUUUCAGUUUAGCUUGAGUUUUGUGCAAAGUGUAAAAUUGUUUUUCUGUUUGACGGAUUUAAUUAACUUGCGGACCAUGGAUGCUAUGCUGAAAUCUCUUUACUUUGAUCUCAAACAGAUGAUGGUGGACGUAUUACCAACAGAGGUUGCGGAUUUGAGUUCGCUGCGUUCAUACCCCGAAUCUGACAGCGAUGACAUCAUCAAUGACAUCUAUUUAUCCAGCAGUGAGGAUAUGGAUAUAUGCGGCAUGGACAAACUGGACGAAGGUCCCUCGGUGAUCGUGGAAGCUGAGCCAGGAAGCCAAUCAGACUUGAUCAGUGCGAGACUUCAUGCUCUAGCUGACGAUUAUAGCUGUGAUGAACCGCCAAUCCACCAAUGUGCCAAAUUCUACCAGGAAUGUCGGGAAGAUAUAGUCGCCAAUGUAUGCCUGUUCUCCGAUUCCUCUGAAAGUAUGGACACGGAUGAAGAAGAGUUCAUAAUUCCACGAAGGAAGCGAAAGAAGCAUGUCCGUUGGAAGUCAAAUAUUUCAGUGGACGCCUGUGAACAGCAGACCAAGAGCAAUGUCAGACAGGAAGCUGCCGAGGCAUUGCUGUGUAUGGAGUCCCCCACAUCAGAAAACAAAACAUUUCUCCAAGGAAUCUCCCAGCCUCAACAUGCAUCCCUACCCCCCAGCCCCGACAGUGGGUACUCAGAUGACUACUCAGAAGAAAAACUCAAGUUCAACACAUACAUGGGCAGUUCCUCACAACAGUCACCCCCCAUUGUGGCCCCACCCUCAGCAUUCAUACCCCCAUUCUGCCUACAGCCACCGCCAGCUCAUCAACCCCUCCCUGCUCAUUUCAACUCAGCUACUCACAUCGCCAUGAGACCAGAACACAACUUAUACCCAUCAUCCAGUCCUUUGUUAGCAUCUCCACGUAUCCCCUCGCACAGUGACCCAUGCCUCACCUCUACAACGAAUUCACCCCCCUCAUCGCCCAUCAGACAGAAGAGCAAGAAAGGAAGAAAACCCAAAAAUCCGUUGGAAUGCCCCAUCAAUCAGCCAAAAAGGAAGCGAGAAAGUUCCACGACCUACCUCUGGGAGUUCCUGCUGCAGCUCUUACAGAACAGGGAGACCUGCCCCAGGUACAUCAAAUGGACCAAUCGGGAGAAGGGAAUCUUCAAACUGGUUGAUUCCAAAGCCGUCUCCAAACUGUGGGGUCUACACAAAAAUAAGCCUGAUAUGAACUACGAAACAAUGGGGAGAGCUUUGAGGUACUAUUAUGCUCGAGGAAUCCUAAACAAAGUGGAUGGGCAGCGCUUGGUGUAUCAGUUUGCGGAGGUUCCGAAAUCGAUUCUGGAGAUUGACUGUUCGAAUGUGUGAGGGUGAAAAUAACCACCCACAAAAACAUUCCAUAAGGACUUCAUUUCUCCAAUGGGCUCCAAAAACUUGCUGGUUUUAGACUGAGUGAUAAUCUCCUUGGCUUUCUGGCUUCAGACAGUUUGGACCAUUGCAGGGCCAGAUGGCAGGUGUUGUUGUCCUUGUUGAAACUUGGAGCCAGGUUCUAUCUCAGGUCUUCAGUUAAAUGGGUUACUACUCCUCAUGAUGCUAGUCUGUCAAGCAGGAUUCAAGGCAACGAACAAUGCUGUCGGAAAAAAAAGUCACUUAAGCUGACACCUUCGCUGCGACCAAAUAUUGGCCGGACACGUCCGGUCUCGUGUGAAAUGGACACACAGAAACCUGUUAAAGACCUGUUCAGCUCUGGUAGAGCUGUUCUUAUUUUUUCCUUCUAACUGUGUGAUACUGUGAAUUCCAAGUGUGCAGACUGGUGUGCCAUACUCUCCCAACCUUGUGAUGUACACGAGGGACUGCAUGACUAUGUACUGAACUCGGACCAAAACUUUCCCUGUUGACUUCUGUGGUUUUAUUUUGCCUCUGCCCAGUGCACUGCAGCAUCUGGUCACAAAACUUAAUAAAAAAAUCAGCUUUAAUGACUCUUUGUACAUAUGCAUAGAUGUACCUGUUAUUUUGGCUCACGAAGUUUGAAUAGUUUUGUGUACAUAUUGAAUUGCCACUGGAUUUGACCAAAUUCUCCUUACAUUCCCAAAUCUGACCACUUUACCUUCCAGUUUUUUGUCUGUUAUAUCUUUUUGUUAUCUGUUAACUGAUUGGAUACUGACAAGAACAGGGCAUUUUGGGAUUUUAGCACACCUUUUACAAUGACGAUAGAUAUUAGAUAGUGUUAUUUUAUAAAUAAAGUGUAUUUUAAUGUACAAUUCUACAUCAGGCAUUAUUGAUGUACAGGCUUGUAAUGUAUGUGCCUCUAAAUUGAGAUUCUUAUUUUUAUACUGUUAAUGGAUGGUCUUUCUGGACCAUCUUUGUUUGUUACCUAUCAGGAGAUCUGUAUAUUUAUCAGCUAAAAUGUCUUUGUACCACAUUUCUUUGCUUAUUUUAAAACAGUUUUUAAAUGAGUGGCUGUGUAAUAUUGUCUGCAAACUUCAGCAAAGCUGUCAAAGAUUAAAUUGUCAAAAAAUUUUAAAGAUACCAUUAUUAAAGUGUGAUAUUGUUCUCUUCUGACGAGAUAUUUUUUAAAAUCUUGAUAAAAUUGUUACACCGUAGGUUGGAGAUUGCAAACUCUAAAGUGCAUUUUCCUGGGGGGAGGGAUAUUUUUGCUAUAUGUUGUCAGCCUAUGUAACAGUACCCUGCUAACAGAUUAUAACACAAGAUUGGAGUGUGGUACUCUGAAAUCCAUUUCCUUUCCUGACAUAUCUAGUUAUUUUUUCCAGUGCCUUACUAUUAACAAUCAAUAGUACUUGUCUACUGUUUUAUUCUACAGAGACCUCAAGCAAUCAAUAUCUCAUUAAAUUGAAAAAAAGCAUAUCUACAGUAGCCAGCUACAAUCUACAUCCAAUUUGUAAAAAACGCGUUAAAUGUCAAGAAAUUGGUUUUUAUGAGACGCUUCUCUCAUUUUAACUCAGAAGUUUGAAAAUGAAUGCAGAAGAUUACGAUGUAAUAUCCUAACCAAAGACUAAGCGCCAUAUUGGCAUAAGUAGGGUCGGCAGCCUCUCUCUGUUGCUCAAUAUUCAGACUUGUCGUCUGCUUUGAACAGUGACCACACGAGUCUGUUUUGUUGUAACCGUGUGAUCUGUUCCUAUGUCAGUUAUCUAUUAAAUAUUCCUGUUUUACCUGA